AUGCUUGUUAGAGCAAGAGUGGCAAGAGUGGCCCGUUUACCUAGACCUCUCUUUCAUGUGAGGUACAAUUCCAAUAAGUACAAGUCUAUUGAUGACUUCAACAAGCAAAAGACUGAAUUUAAGUUUGGCUAUGGGGUCGAUGAGAUAGAUGAGACGGAGGAAGCCAACAGGAAAGAAAGACUUGAAGCUACUGCCGAGGGCUUUCUGGAAUUUGAUCCGCUGACCCAUCCAAGGCUUCAGGGUAUUCUGCCGAACUCUCCGGAAUGGAAGGAGCAAUUGUUCAUUAUUCAGAAGGAAUUGCAGAAGGAACAGGAGAAGCAGAGAAGAGCCUACGAGAGGAAUGAAAGACUCAAGGGACUCGGAGCAGGCGUAUUUGCAUUAGUCGGUAUAGUUUCCGUCUACUCAUUUGUCAUGAACUACAAGUAUUUGAAGGGUUGGUUCCUGAACAAGAUCCACUUUGACAUUGAUGAUUCGAAAGUGAGGGAUAUGAAAGAUCCCAAGGAAAACAGGAAGAAGAUGAAAAAUUUGGUUGAUCGUUUGAGUGAGGAGCUUGCUACUACACCUGGCUUUGUCAAUAACUUGAAGGAUUCUGCGUCUAUUCCGGGACUCUAUGUGUUUGGUGGGUUCUCAAAGAACAAGCUUCCCGCAAGAUUGAAUUUUUUUGACGGCAAGUUAUUGCAAGAUGUUUUGAUUUCGAACGAUUACUUGGUUGUCGUGGAUGAUCUGGGCAAGGUCUAUCAUUACAGUCCGAAAUUCAAGGAGCCAAUUGCAUUGAACAUGCCGCUGAAGGUGUCUCGCGUCUUGAAAUCUGGAGAUGGAUUCUAUUACUUGUCAAAAAAUCAAAAAGACCUUUUUAACGGGCCUAAACUUGACAAGCUUCCCAAGAAAUACAGAGGUUGGUUUGGCUCUUCCAGUUACAACUAUCCAGUGGAGAAGUUGAAACUUGAUGCUCUCAACGGUGAAAAGGUGGAGCAGGUUUCGGCAGGUAAAAACCAUCUUCUCAUUCUCAGCUCUAAAGGAAAACUUUAUGGUACCAUCACUUCAUCUCACUUUGAAAAUAAGGGACAAUUUGGCUUGCCAAAGUAUUCGCCAUAUGAAAAGUCGCCUUCCAUUGUGGUCAACGAGAUCUAUGAUUUGGCAAACAUAAACAACGAGCUUGUUACCACCAAAGAAGGCAAGUUUAUUCGUCAAAGAACAUUUGCAACGAUUGCUAGUGGAGAGAACUUCAAUAUCGCAUGUGAAGCAAACGGAAGCAUAUGGGCAUGGGGUGCUAACGCAUUCGGCCAGUGUGGUAAGGACAUCACUUCGCCUGAUGAUGUGCAGCCAGUUCCUAGACUUGCGUACACAUUGUCUGAAUUGGAGAAGUUGGUGAAAUAUAGUUUACCCAAGAAUGGAGCUGGUUUCAAGUACAGCGUCAAGGACGUAUUUGCAUCAAACGAGACUUCCUUUAUUCGAAUGGAGAGCACAAACGAGGAAGACCCUUCUAAGAAUCAGGAACUCUUACUCAGUUUCGGUGCUGGGCUUCUUGGCCAAUUGGGCCAGUCCAAAUACAUGCAUGUUGCAUCAGUUCCUUCAGUUCUUAAGUCGUUGGUCGGCCUCACUGAGUUUGAUGAGAAGGCUAAAGCGACCAAGAAUAUUGGCAUCAAGGACGUUGUUCCUGGCGGAGACCACACUUUUGUCGUAUUGGACAAUUCAGGUCCUAACAAGGACGUUGUGGUGUUUGGAGAAAACAUCAAGGGUCAAUUCGGCAAUGGUAAGAGUGUUAAGAGCGCUAAGCCUGUUGCCUUGCCCAAGCUCAUUGAGCCCAGCGACUUUACCGAGAACGAGGCGGCUUCAAAGAAAAAGUUGGCGAAGAAGAUCAACAACGUCACCACUAGCCGUCUCCAGCUUCUCGACGGAGCGAAAAUCGGCAAAAAGUCUGUUGAACAGGUCAUAGCUGGCGGCAAUGACGGGCUGGCUAUCUACUAUCGUGCUCAGUAA